AUGGAGAUGGCAAAGGACAUCAUUGAGGGGACGGAGAAGGAACAUUAUGGGAAGCUACACAAUUAUUUAUCAGAGCUGCUUAAGGCUAAUCUUGGUUCUACAUGUACUAUGAGCACACAUCCACAGCCAGAGGGUUUGCCUAAGUUCAGAAUUGUAGGACAAGACGCGAAUAAUCAUCUAUUUCCUAUAGCAUAUACUGUGGUUAAUGCUGAAACAAAGAAAAAUUGGAAAUGGUUCUUGCAUUUACUUUAUGAAGAUAUCAGGGAUUACAAGGAAUUUGGGUGGAACUUCAUGAAUGACGAGCAAAAGGGACUGGUUCCAGCACUCCAAGAAGUCAUGCCAAGAGUUUCACAUAGAUUUUGUGUGAUGCACAUGUGGCAGAACUUGAACAAGAGAUGGAAGGACAAAGAGUUAAAAGGAGCUCUGUGGCAGUGUGCUCGGGCAAUGACAGACUUGAAAUUCAAGAAUGCAAUGACAUAUGUCAAGCGGAUCAAUGUAGGAGCUUGGGAGUACCUGUCAAGUUAUGAACAAUCAUCAUGGUCGAAAUCAGGAUUUUCUGAAUGGCCUAAAGUGGAUAAUGUUACCAACAACAAUGCUGAAUCAUUUAAUGCAACAAUAGUGGGCAUAAGGGGAAAAAGUAUCCUAACAAUGCUAGAAGAGAUGAGGGUUACUGUUAACACUCUUGAAAGAACAUGUACCUACAAAAAGUGGCAACUGACUGAAUUGUCCUGUUGUCAUGGAGUGGCUGCUAUCCAAAGGAAGAAUCACCGGCCUGAAGACUAUGUGCAUCACUGGUUGUGUAUGGAGCACUACAACAGGGCAUAUCAGUUCCACAUUAACUCUGUACCUAGUGAAGAGUAUUGGGUUGACUAUGAAGGUUAUCCUUGUCUACCUCCUCCAUACAAAAGACCAAUCGGAAGACCUACAAAAAAGAGGGCACAUCAUGAAUUUGAGCGUCAGGGUAAUAGCCAAUACAAAAUGCCGCGAAAGUAUGGUCAAACUACUUGUAAUUGGUGCAAAAAGCAAGGACACAAUGCAAGGACAUGUGAAGAGAAGAAAAAAAGUCUUAAGGGACAAACUAGUGAAGCAGCCGAAACUGCAUUUGGAUCAGCAAAUUGA